AUGGAAGAAAGCAAAGAAAUCACUUAUAGCAGAGCUGCCACCGAAAACGAAGAGUUUCUUCCAAAUGAAGCUGAAAAUAAUGUUUUCAAGAGAGACAGAGGUAAAGAUGAGCAUCAUGAGACUACCUCCUAUGAUCUUCUCAAAAAAGCAUUGGUCAAGAAGGGACUCCCAAGAGAUGCAGAUGUAGAUGAAAUAGUUCCAGAUUCUCCAAGAGGCAAGCUCAGUCAUGAUAUCAUGUUUGGUGAUUGAUUCAAAAAUUUCAGCCCCGAAGAAGGUGAAAAUCCCAUUAAUCAAACCGGCAAAAUCUCAAAAGAAAGAGAAGAUGAGAUAGCUUUAAUCACUGGAAAAUAAGACCAGAAAAUGGAUCGUCCGAAUCAACGAGCCCUUAAGAAUUCGGUGGGAUCUGAUUAUUAUGAUAUUUGCCACUUGGAAUUCAUUCUCUAUUCCUAUAGAAAUAGCCUUUCAGCCCUCUAUAGCUGAUACUUGGUAUUACUUAGCCGUCAACACCAUUAUUGAUUUAAUCUUUUUCCUUGAUAUCAUAGUCACUUUCAGAACUACUUAUAUAAGUCCUUCGUCUGGUGAUGAAAUUUCUGAACCUAAGCAAAUAGCCAAACAAUACCUUAAAGGGCGAUUCUGGUUGGAUCUUCUCUCAACAGUUCCAUUCGACUUUAUUGCAGGAGGGAGGGAAGAGCUGAGUUGGACACAACUGUUCGGUUUACUUAAAACUACGAGAGUUCUGAGACUAUCACGUAUCACAAUGUUCAUAUCACUUCGAGAAGAUUUUACUUUAAUCUACUUUCUAGUGUUAUAUCUUCACUUUACUGGGUGAAUUUGGUACAUGGUCCAUAAUUCAUUCCAAGAGUGGAUACCUCCCCAAGAUUACAUGUUUGUCAAAACAGAGUUAUAUGAACAGUCGGAUUCCUACAAAUAUCUUCAUAGUAUAUAUUCUUCUGUCAAUAUGCUCAGUGGGAAUGAACUAGGACCACGGAAAUAACCCUUCAAUCCUCUACGUCAGUGGGAUAGUCACACUUGGAGCUAUUGUUAACGCUAAUAUCUUUGGUAACAUGGCUGUUAUCAUUCAAGAACUUAAUAAAAAGAGCCAUCGUUUCCAGGAACAAAUCGAUAUUGCUAAUACAGCUAUGAAAAAUUUGCACAUUCACAAAGAGCUGCAAGCUAAAGUUAUUAACUACCUACUUUAUACACAAAGUAACAGAGACCAGCAGCGAGAAUUGCAGGCUUUCAAGAAAAUGAUUUCACCAAGUCUCCAAAUUGAGGCUACCAAGUAUAUUUUCUACGACAUAAUCAAGAUGAAUCCUAUUCUUCAAGACUCUUCUAAAUAAGAUGAUUGAGCAUGUCCUUCAAAGUGUUAACACAAUUCUGUUCCUUCCAGAUGACUACAUUGUCAAGCAAGGAGAAGAAAAUGAGAAGCAUAAUGAAAACGUCAUGAAAUCCCUCUACUUCAUCUCUAAAGGGGAAUGAGAAGUUACUGUUAGAGAUGAGAAAAAUUUUGAGCACUCCAUUGCUAUCAUUGAGCAAGGAGUCAUGUUUGGGGAAAUCGCCCUGAUCUCCAACUCUUCACGAACAGCAACAGUCCAGUGCCUGAAUUAUAAUAUCCUUGAACAGCAAGAUGAGGAAUCAUUCAAUGAAAUGUGAAGACUGUAUCCAGAGGUUGUAUCUAAAUUCAAGCAUAAAAGAAGCCAGUACAAUGAUAAAUGGAAGAAGUUCCUUAAAAGUCUCAUAGUAAGGACAGAUUACUUUAAAAACCUUUCUUUUAUGUGCCAAGAGGAACUAAUUUACUCCUUAAAGACCCAAUCCUUCGAAGAAGGGUCUAUUAUCUUUGAUAACCGGAGCAAAAUCAAUAAACUCUAUUACGUCUCUGAAGGUGAGAUUUCAAUUGUUCUUCAGCUUGAUAACGGUGAAGAAGUCAUCACAGACAUGCUUUCUCAAGGGAGUUAUUUCGGAGCAUAUUCUAUACUGAAAAGCAAUGAGCAGAUGUUCACUUACAAAGCAAGCUCCUUUGUCUCGUUAUUGUCAAUUGACCGGGAUAGUUUGGACAGAAUCAGAGAGGAAUUCUCUGAUCUUAACAAAAACCUAAAAGACUACGAACAAUACAUCGAAGAGCAUAAUGUGCCUGUCUGAGAUUAUUGCACAAUGCAAUCAAAUGUUAAGGAGAAGUUCAGGUUGGCUGUCAACCGAAGUAUGAUUCUGAACGAAUAUGAAAACAAGAAGAACUCCAAAAUCGGACUCCUAAUCGAACAACUCAAAAAACAAAAUGCAGAGAACGAGCUGAAAGAGAUUAAGCGUCAGAAAAGAGAAAGGUACAAAGACAGUCUAAAAGUCAAUGUUCCCAACUUUGAUGAGAGUACUAUGUACACCAUUGAAGUUUUCAAAUUUAUGAACAAAUAUAUUGAUAAAAUGAUGAACAGAAGUCAUAACUUUGAAAUCAUUAAAGAAGGAGUAAAACUACUCCAAAUUGCUCUGAAUAACCCAAACAAUGAAGAGCUUGAUGUGAUCCCUGAAGAUGAGAAAUAGC